AUGGAAAAAAAGCAAGGUUUCUUCUCAGCACUCAAAGAAGAAGUAGUACGCGGCCUCUCCCCUUCUCGUUCUCGCUCCAGCAGCCCGGCCCGAACUGCUUCACCAAUGUCGGGUCUGCUCCGCCGCAAAAAACACAACAAGGACUCUUCCUCCUACGUGGCACAACCAGAAUCGUUGAUAGGGAGAUCAGGGAGUUUAAGGCCAAUGGUCGGGGAAGCGUUAUCUCCACUAAUGGAGGGUCCGGAUCCGGAUGGAGGGGAGGGUGAGCAUAAACGAGUCGGGUCGGGUUUGGGUCAGUGGAUGAAAGGGCAGUUAACGAGGACUCCGUCGGUCACUAGUUUGGCUUACAAGAGGUCUGAUCUGAGGUUGUUGCUUGGUGUUAUGGGUGCACCAUUGGCUCCGGUGCAUGUUGGCUCUUUGGACCCUUUGCCGCACCUUAGCAUUAAAGACACCCCCAUUGAAACUUCCUCUGCUCAGUACAUAUUGCAGCAGUACAUGGCAGCGUCUGGUGGGCAGCAGGUGCAGAACUCCAUUCGAAAUUCCUAUGCGAUGGGAAAGCUUAAGAUGAUAGCUUCGGAGUUUGAAACACCCACAAGGGUGGUGAAGAACCGGAAUGGUGCUAGAGGUGUUGAGUCGGGUGGGUUUGUGCUUUGGCAAAUGAAUCCUGACAUGUGGUAUGUUGAGCUUGCGGUUGGGGGUGGUAAGGUUCAUGCUGGCUGCAAUGGCAAACUUGUUUGGAGGCACACACCUUGGCUUGGUGCACAUACUGCCAAAGGUCCUGUUAGACCCUUACGUCGAGCACUUCAGGGUCUUGAUCCAAGAACCACAGCCAGUAUGUUUGCUGAUGCAAGGUGCAUAGGAGAGAAAAACAUAAACGGGGAGGAUUGCUUUAUACUAAAGCUAUUUGCUGAUCCACAUACUUUGAAAUCUCGAAGCGAAGGCCCGGCCGAGAUCAUAAGGCAUGUUUUAUUUGGCUACUUCAGCCAAAAAACAGGACUUCUUGUUCAUAUGGAGGAUUCGCAUCUGACCCGCAUCCAAUCCAAUGGUGGAGAUGCAGUUUACUGGGAAACGACUAUCAAUUCAUUCCUUGAUGAUUACAGGCCAGUUGAAGGGAUCAUGAUUGCCCACUCAGGUCGUUCUGUGGUGACUCUUUACAGGUUUGGUGAGGUGGCCAUGAGCCAUACCAAGACAAAGAUGGAGGAAGCUUGGACUAUUGAAGAGGUUGCAUUCAAUGUGCCUGGCCUUUCAGUUGACUGUUUUAUCCCCCCAGCAGAUUUAAAAUCAGGUUCUUUCAGUGAAGCUUGUGAGCUACCUCAGGAGGGAAGGGGAAAGAGUGCAAUGGCAUUAGCAGCACAUCGGGCGAAAGUUGCAGCACUGGAUAAAUCUGAUGAUAGCUGUGCAGAUAACAUGAUAUGGAAGAUGGAGAGUCCAGCUAAGGAGUUGGAGCUCGGUUUUCCAGUUAGGGAUAGAGCAAAUGGAGGUUUAGUUUUAGUUUACCUUCCAUGCCUGGAGGAAGGCGGUGAAGCUUUUAAAUAG